GCUGUGUUGUUCCCACUCUGCCAUGCUGUCCCACCUCUGCAUUGUCCCCUCUCUGCUGCAUCAUCCCAUCUCUGCAGCGUCUCAUCUGUGUUGUCCCUGCUGUGCUGUCGUCCCUGCUGUGCUGUCGUCCCUGCUCUGUGUCGCCCCAUCUCUGCCUCAUCCCUGCUCUGCGUCGUCCCAUCCCUGCCUUGUCCCAUUUGUGCCUCAUCCCCACUCUGCGUCACCCCGUUUCCACGCUUCCCAUCUCUGUGCUGUCCCUUCUCUGCUGUCUUCUCCCAUCCCUGCUCCAUCCCCACUCUGCUGCACCUCAUCUCCACGUUGUCCUGGCUCUCAUGCAGUCCCUUCUCUUCCCUCAGUCUCCUCGGGCAGCGCUGUGCCCACGUCCCACACUUCAUCCCCGGCGACGGCAGCCGGAGCCAGCGCUGCGGAUCAGGAUGCAGAGGAUGCUUUGGCUGCAGAGCUUUCCAACAAAGAGGACCUGGCCCUGCAGCUGGCCCUGGCCAUCCAGCAUGGCGACGAGGAGGCGGCCGCGCGAUGCGCCGUGGCCCUGGCCCAGCAGCAAGCCGCGCUGAACAUCUUGCUGAAGGAGUCCAAUUAUCCCGAGGAUGAAAUCUGCAUGAACGUCGGUGUGGAGGACGCGACGUCGUCGGCCAGCAUCACGCUCCUGGUGCAGCCCCACACCACCAUCGCGGCGCUGAAGCAGCAGAUAUGGCUGCUGCCAUCACCAUGUGAUGUCCCACGAGCCGGGCCGGCAGCGGCACCGGUUCUCUGUGUCAGUUCAUGGCAGGGAAAUUUUUAGGGGAAAGAAAGGUGAAAGAAUCUACGAUUGAUAACGUGGAAUGAGAAGUGAGAAACUUUUUGGCUUGUAUUGGAAUGGUCAGGGUUGGAAAGGUCCUUGAAGGUCACAGAAUCAUGGAAUGAUAGCAUGGCCUGGGUUG